CUAACGUUAACCGUUAGCAGCAGGGCAUGUAGAACACAACGAAGAACUACAGUCAUGUUCCUGCUUGAUAGCUACUGUCAGUUGCAGUAAAUGUGACGGGCAAGUUGGAGCACAACGAAACACAUGCAGACAAUUUCGGGAAUGAAAGGUGUGUGUCCCUAACACAAGCAGCAGUGAUGGAUGGAGAAGCCCAGAGGGCGACGGCAUCCUGGGGGAACGGGACUCUGGCUCCCGGGGACCACCUUCGCUCAGACAGGGCAGAGAGCCCCACCCCGGGUCUGGUGGAGGGAACAGAACCAGGUGCUGGUCAGAAGAGUGCCAUGUUCGUCCAUGCCCAGUCCUUCGAGGAUCUGACCGCUGAGGCUGAGGAAGAAGUCCGUAGAGAGGCCGACAUCAACAAUCCAGGGGAUAGUGAAGAGGAGCUGAAUGUGCUGGUGGGAGAGAAGGAGCCACACCUUACGUCAGAGAGUAAGUCUAAGGAGGAAGACGUGUCCAGCGAGGCGUGGAGGAGCCACAGAAAACACGUGUUUGUGCUGAGCGAGGCUGGAAAGCCGAUCUACACCCGCUAUGGCACGGAGGAGGCUCUAUCCAGCACCAUGGGGGUGAUGAUGGCCCUCGUGUCCGUCGUUGAGUCCGAGAAGAACACCAUUCGAUCCAUCCAUGCAGAUGGCUGUAAAGUGAUUUUCCUCACCAAGAGCCCUCUGGUGCUGGUGGGCGUGUCCCGCACCUCUCAGUCGGACAAGGAGCUGCUGCGGGAGCUGCAGUACAUCUACUACCAGAUCGUCAGCCUGCUCACCCUCACCCAGCUCAAUCACAUCUUCCAGCAUAAGCAGAACUACGACCUGCGCCGCCUGCUGGCCGGCUCCGAGUACCUCACCGACAACCUGCUGCACCGGCUGGACCGAGACCCCGGGCUGCUGCUCAGCGCCGUCACCUGUCUGCCUCUGGCCAGCUCCGCCCGGGACACGGUGUCCUCCAGCCUGCAGGCCGCCAAGUCCAAGAAUCUGGUGUUCUCCAUCCUGCUGGCAGGGGACCGCCUGGUCACUCUGCUGAGGAAGAAGGACCAGUUCCUGCACCACAUAGACUUGCACCUGGUGUUCAACCUCGUCGGCUCCUCUUCGUCGUUCCGGGAGGGCGAGGGCUGGACGCCGAUCUGUCUGCCAAAGUUCAACACCGCGGGUUUUUUCCACGCUCACAUUUCUUACCUGGAGCCCGCCUCCCAGCUCUGCCUCAUCCUGGUCUCGACCGACCGAGAGGACUUUUUUAACAUGUCCGAAUGCAAGCAGCGCUUCCUGGAGAGGCUGAGCAGGCGCACUGCCUACCAGGCCCUGAAGGAUGCUCUGAAAUCUCCCACCUAUUCUGUUGAGCAUGUCGGCAUCCCGGAGCUCAGGCACUUCCUGUACAAAUCAAAGAGCUCAGGGCUGUACACCAGUCCAGAGUUCCCUGAUGUGUAUAUAUCUGACUCGGAGCAGGAGAGGCUGAUGGGAUUGUACCAGGAGCUCCACAGCAGCUUGCACCAUCCGACCAGACCUCUCCGCUUCUUCUACCGCUGUGGGGAAAGAGAAAACCUGCUGGCGUGGGUGACGAGCGGCUUCGAGCUCUACCUCUGCUUCAGCCCUUUGGGGACCAAGGCCCUGGCCGUCGCUGCUGUCACCAAACUGCUGAAGUGGAUCAGGAAGGAGGAGGAUCGCCUCUUCAUCCUGAGUCCUCUCACAUACUGAGCCCGUCUGCAGACUCACCUCCUGAAACUAAAAGCAUCACCCUGAACAACAGCAGCUGCAGGAGGUGCAGCUCUGUGUCAACUACUGAUUGUCGGAGCAAUGCUUCCCACCCCCCCUUUGCUUCUGGAUUCUUCUAAUCUAACUCACAGAUUUCUGAUGAUUGUGCAAUGAAAGAAAGCAAUUUAUUUUGAUUUGUUUUAUAACUUCAAAUGUAAAAAAACAGCAUCAUCAAUGACUCACAAACAACUCGAUGGGUGGUGUUGGUACGCUUUUGGAAGUUGUUUCUUAAACGAUUGUUUUACCUGACAGAAAAAUUCCUUUCUGAUUUUAUUCUUUUAAAUAAAUGCUCGAGCUCUUAAAAGUCAAGAGUUUAAUUUGAAUUGAAAAACUGGAAUUUGUUGUGGCCCUGCAGGAGGCUAUCCUCUCUUGUCUUGAGACACGAGUCAACCACAUUCCUUUUGUGUUUUAUCUUUUACAUGAUGACCAAUUACUGUAUCGUCAUUUCACCUCUAUGCACCUUCUUUAUGCAAAAGGAUCUCCGAAGACAAACGUGUUUAUGACUCUGUAAACUGUUUACUGCUGUCUUUGUUUGGAUUGUUAUUGUCUUAUCAUGAAAUCUAAAUGUCCAUUAUUCUUUCAAUGACCAUUGGAACAUUUCAAAAUUUGCCAAAAUCUACACAUUAGUUAAGAACAGUAUUGUAUGAAAUGUAAUGUGCUUGUGUCUAAUCAUUAAGGUUCGCUGUAUUUCAUAGGAUCCCGUUGCCACAUCUGUCUCCACUAAUCAUGCCUUAACUAGUGGUGAUUGUGAUGAAUAAAUAUGGCUCGUAAUGAAA